CUUGCUCCUGUCUAGAGCAGCCUCGAGACCAUGCUCGGCCAUAUCGCUGCGAAAUCCAACGUCCUCAGGGCUGCCACGCACGCCCGGCCGAAGGGGUUCCCGACCGGAGCUGGUCAGGGAACGCGGUUACUAACCACUCAUACUUCCUCCCCACGUCAUGUGACGAGCCGAAACUGCUCGAGCUCGCCAUCGUCCACGGGUAGCGCAGGCUUUGGAUAUAAUAAUAGGCUUAGUCGAAAGACUUACGCAACGAACGCGAACGCAAUGGCUACUAUCAAGGUCGGCGACACCAUCCCCCAGGGCACGUUCACCUACAUCCCUUGGAGCCCUGAGCUCGAGGACCACUCCGCUUGCGGUGUCCCCGUCAAGCUGAGCACGGACGAGUGGAAGGGCAAGAAGGUCGUCCUCGUCGCCGUCCCCGGCGCGUUCACGCCGACGUGCCACGUAAACCACCUCCCGCCGUUCGUCGAGAAGUACGACGAGUUCAAGGCGAAGGGCGUCGACGUCAUCGCGGUCGUCGCUGCCAACGACGCGUUUGUCCAGAGCGGAUGGGCGCGCUUCCUCGGGUUGAAGGAUAAGGUCCUUGCGCUUUCCGACCCGAACGCGAAGUGGUCUUCGCAGCUCGGUCUCUCCCAGGAUCUGUCUGCAGUCGACUUUGGAACCCGCACAAAGCGCUACGCUCUUGUCAUCGACGACCUCAAGGUCACCUACGUCGGGGUCGAGACGGAGCGUGCUGUCUCCGUGUCCGGCGCAGACGCCGUCCUCGCUGCUCUCUGACUACAAGGCAGUUCCGAGUCUGAAUCGACGCCCAAGUUAUAAGUAGUGAAUGUACGAGUUCAUGUAUAUUGCAGUCAAACAAUAGAAGAUGGAGAAGGUCAUGCACCACCGAGUCUUGGUGUUCUUUCU